AAUAUAAUUUUCCUAAUCAGAAUUAACUUCUCUCUUUUGACUAUCAAAUAUGGCGACGACAAAUAAGUCUUUUAGGGGUAGGUUUGUUUUGCGUAUAGAAAAUGAAAGAGAAAAUGCAUGGCUCAGUAAUAUGGAUGUUCGGCUGUAAAUGAUGGCGGACUUCAUUACUGGCUGAAGAUACACCUUAAUAUUUUACUAAUUUCUUUUGUUUAAUUACUUUGGAUCAUAAAGUAGUAGGAAAAGGCAACACUCACGAAGUGAGAUGAUAUAAGAAAACCACCCAGAUGGAGGGGGAAACUUUUACCUACUACAAUUUAACCUACCCUAUUUAAUAUAACAAAACAAAUUAACAUAACCUAAGUUCAAUACAAUAUGCUUGGUUAUGGUAUGUAAAACCCCCCCCCCUGGCUUCUCCUUCUUAGGUUAAGUUUGGUUCGGUUUUUCUUUCGUUUUUCCUCUAUAGGCGCUAGUGUCGAUUUUCUUAAGAUACUUUUUGGGAAACUGACGUGUAAUCGUAUUAAUUCUUUUAAUUACCUUUUUUAUUUUAUUUUGAGAAGUGAGGAGAACUAGAGGACCUUUCAAUGUGUUAUACCUCGACCGACUAUCCAGUCUUCAAUUUUUCAUACACCAGGGUAAACUUUAGAAAGUUACCCCCGGUGGGUAGUUGUCGAAAAGAUAUUUUUUAUUGAGGACCAUAAAUAAAUCGCCUGUACGUUCAAAGGCCAGUUACGGCUAUUGUACAGACGUUUUAUUUUUGUCCUCUAAAAAAUACUAGUUUGUGUACACUACAUACUUUAACUGCAAAAUUUUACACUUCACAAUAUUUCUUUGUACUCCGUCUGUAUUUUUGAGCAGUACUGUGUAUAACAAGACUCACUGAAUCCGUAAACGGGUUAUUUUACCCUACCACAUGCAUUACCACUGCGCAUCCAUUUCACGCCAGAAAACAACCAACUUUUGUAACGCCCUAAUCCGGAUCAAUCCGGAUUAUCAUUCUGGACUAAACGAAAGUAAGCACGAGGCAGUACAACGUUGAAAUAUGCAUAUUAAGCACAGUCAUAAUCGUUUCCAUUCAAAAAAUUGAAAAUGGCUACAAAAAGAGCGCAUAAAACUCUAACACUUGCAGAAAAGUAUAACAUCUUGCAACAAUUAGAGAACGGUGUAACUGGUAGGCAGUUAGCAAAAAAAUAUGGGAUUGGUACCUCAACAAUUUCUGAUAUUAAGAAGAAUUCAGAAAAAAUAAAAAGGUAUGUCGAUAAUUCCACAUCUGAUGGACUUUUUAAAAAAAAAACAUUAAGAGAAGCGGAAUUCCCGGAAAUGGAAAAUGAACUGUGCACAUGGUUUAAAAUGCAAAGAGACAAAGAAGUAGUCAUAUCAUCCAAUUUGUUGUCUGAAAAAGCGAAAGAACUUCACGAGAAACAUUACGGAACCAAUAAGUUCAAAGCAAGCCAAGGAUGGUUAACGAACUUCAAAAAAAGACACAACAUUCGGCAAGAAAAAUUGGUCGAUGAACACUCGACAUCAGAGUCAGAGCAAUUUCUUGAGAAAUUAAGAGUCAAAAUUAAUGAAUUAAAAUUAUUACCGAGUCAGAUUUAUGUCUUAGAAGGAUCGGCAUUGUUUUGGAAAAUGCUUCCCUUCGGACCUGAAUCGAACAAGGGAAGAAUUAAGUUCUUGACGUGUACUAAUAUAGACGGUACUCAUAAGCUGAAACUUACUGUCAUUGGUAACGAUAAAUGCAAAACAUUAAAAAAUACAUUAAUUCCUAUUGAAUAUCAUACAGACGAAAACGGGAAGACGUUGUUAUCUUUACUGCAAACAUGGUUUCAUACAUCAUUCAUGGAACAAACAAAGCAUUUUUUAAUUAAGAACAAUAUAAAUAGCAUCAGGGCAAUUUUAGUGACAACAAACCCCUUCGGACAUGAAUUAGAAACAAUAAUGACCGAUAAUGACGGCAAAAUAGUAACAAUGUUUCUUCCACAAAACUUCACAGAUACAACGCAAACAUCUGACCAAAAUAUAAUUAGUUUAGUUAAAUUACUUUACCGUAAAAAUCUCUUAGUAAAUAUUUUAUCUUUUGAAGACAACGACGUUUCCCAAAACUUAAAAAAAAUUAACUUCAAAGACUGCAUGUUUCAUCUGGCCAUUGCUUGGAAUCAAAUACCUGGCGACCAUUUUUCGAAAGUCACAGGAUGACGAGC